UCGAGGAGAAAGACAAGAGAGCCAAAGGAGGAGAAUGUAACUCUUGGACCAGCUGUUCGUGAGGGAGAACAAGUUUUCGGUGUCGUCCACAUUUUCGCUUCAUUCAACGACACUUUCAUCCACGUUACUGAUUUGUCUGGACGUGAAACUCUUGUCCGUAUCACCGGUGGGAUGAAGGUGAAAGCUGACAGGGAUGAGUCGUCACCUUACGCAGCCAUGCUUGCUGCGCAAGAUGUUGCUCAGCGAUGCAAGGAGCUUGGAGUCACGGCCAUUCACGUGAAGCUCCGUGCCACUGGUGGAAACAAGACCAAGACACCUGGUCCUGGUGCUCAGUCUGCUCUUAGAGCACUGGCUCGUUCUGGCAUGAAAAUAGGCCGCAUUGAGGAUGUUACUCCCAUUCCAACAGACAGUACCCGCCGAAAGGGUGGUAGAAGAGGAAGGAGGCUCUAA